GACCCGACCGAUCUACGAGCGAGUAGUUCACACAAAUUCACUCGAGCUCGUACGCCGCUGGUAUUCGGCUUCUGUGUGGGGUAAAUCACAAGUGUGAACAUCUUGAAGGAACCGUAUAAAAGGCUGGCUGGCCGCUGGGACUGCCCCCCACUCACUCGCUAGCACUCAAGUCGAUACAACAAUCGUCCUCAAUGUUCACCCAGCUCGUCGCCUUGACGCUCGGCGCGCUGUCUUUUGCCAGCGCUGCGCCUUCUCGCCAGCAACUCUUCUCGGGCGGCUCGUGCGCCCAGGACGUGCGCCCGGCCUCCGAGGGUUUCAGCAACGUCCCCGAAUCAGGGAUGUACGAAAUCACCACGCCGAAAUUUGGGGGUGCUCUCUUGCACGGCUUCCAGAUCGGUAACCCGCUCGUCGUGAGUCGCGCCCUGCUGUACCCGGGACCUUUUGGCCAGUACGAAUUGUCCGUCACCAGGGACAACACGAUCCGCCUCAUGCACCGCGGACACAACACAGCCGUAGUGGUUGACAAGGACCAGUUCAUCUCUACCGCAUCCACUGGCAGGGCUACUCCUGACGAGUUUGACCUUCAAGAGACUGACACUGAGGGGCAGUAUGUCGUUUAUUCCACCGAACAUCGUGGCUAUGUUUGGACGCUGAACCCCUCCGACUCGGCUCUCGUAUCUCGCGUCACUCUGGCCCCGUUCAGGGGUCUGCCCUCCCAGCACUUCCGGUUCAGACGGUUGGACGAGUUCGUUCUUGGCCUGGAGCAUUUGCCUGCCAGCACUGGUCUGCGUUCGCCUGCCGCUUCUGUCUUCGGUAACUUCGACCCUAUCUCCCCCGGAAGAUACAGGAUCAUCGAUGGUGUGGUCGGUGGCCUCGUGCGCAGCUACGAGAUCGGGCAGGGCGCGUACACCUCAUCCGGGCGUGAUUACCCCGGGGAUUUCGCCUUGUGGGACGUUAUCGGCGACAACAACGCAGGCUACACUAUCACCAACGUUGGCCAGGGCCUCCCAUUGGUGUUGACUGACUCCAAGAACCUCGCGCCCAUCCCCGGUCUUGCUCCUGCCCGCUUCCGGUUUGUCACCCUGAUCAAGGGCCGUGUCUCCGUCUCCUUGAUCGGCGUCGAAGGAGUUUGGGGCCUCGACUCGAGCAGCGGAUACAUUCAUGCCUCGAUCGAGAUCCAAUCUCAGAGACAGGGUGAUGCCAAGCAAGUGUUCUUCUUUUCCCCCUCGUAAGCCUUGACGACAAUGUCCCCCCAUUGUACGUGAUCGGAGUACUUGCAUGGUCCCCGAUGUUGGUCAAAUGAAUCUGUGAAUGAAUUUUGCUCUUGGAAUAUUGUGGGGGGUCACGCGUCCAUGUGGGACAGUAUAGGAUGAGGGUCAGUGCAGCUCCUGAGAGAGCCAGCGCAAGAAACCGAGGGUCAUGAGGACAUGGCAACAUGAGUAGACCUUGAAGCAGUUUGCAAAACCUCUGCAAUCACCCCACAUAUGCCGACGUGAUGGGUACCAUUCGACGCACAACAUUUGAACAUCACCCACCUCAAUAAUCACCACCAACUUUCUUCCCUGUCUUGACCCAGCGGUGAUCCCAUGGGCUCCACAAAGAUUAGUUCAGGGAGUGGAGGGCCAAAAUAAGGGAGGAAGGGAUCAGCACAGCAGCACAACGGUUGGGGCCACGUCCUUCGAACUUGGCAUAGGGUUUCUAUAUGGUAUUAUAGUAUACGUAUUCAUGUUGUGUACAGAAGUCAGUAUACAAUUCACAUACCUAUAUACACAGUUUAUAUGGUUAAA